AUGUCUUCCUCAACUACCCCUCAGGCUGGUAGCAGCACGAAACGCUCUACAUCUGGUACUCGCAGACCCAUAUCACGACCAACGACUCCUCUGCGACCCUCAUCUCGAUCAUCUCUACGCGAAUCUGGCAAAGCAAGUCUUGGAGGCGCAUCAGAUGCCCCCAUCGAAGCAUUUGAGCCUGCGUUUGCAGAGCUGUCGGAUUCGAUGGCAGAUCUAGAGGCGAACUUUAUGCAUUUGCAAUUGAUGCAUGAGAGUUUGGCUAGAUUCAGUGAGAACUUUGCGAGUUUCUUGUAUGGGUUGAAUAUGAAUGCUUUUUGUGUGGAUUUCCCAGAGGCUCCUAUACCGGAUUCUUUUCGUAGAGCUCGUGAGCAAGAGGAACAACAUGGUAGGCCACGUAUAGUCAAUUCAGACUUCACUUGUUAA